AUGAUUGAUCCCAGUAGUAAAGAGGCUCGAGAGCGACUUUUGGCCGAGAGCCUCUUAAAACUGUGGGGCGAGCACAACGUAACACACCAGGAACCCCUUUUAGGCAGUAGUGAUGAAGCUCGUCGAGUCCCGGACUUUUCCAGUUCGGAGCGCUACGGACCGCCUCCGCUACAUCGUUCAUUCGCGUUCAUCGGCGUUAUAAUGAUGGGGUCUAUGUGCGCAACAUUCACAAGAAGCACACAAGCGUUAUGA